AAAAAGAUAGCCUUGGACCCAUCGAACCAGAAUCAAUCUAAACCGUCGAGAAUACCAUCCAACGGUCACGACCAAUCACCACUAAAGAAAGAUCUUUUUUUUUUUUUUUGGUUUUCGAUCAUAAACCCUAGCCACCUCUGUUCCCUCUCUUCUUGUCAAAACGAAAAGUUCGUGAAACCAUCUUCACCGCCGAUCCUUCAUCUUCUUCUUCUUCACCAUGUCUACUCGUUUCUAGAAAAAAAAAAACAAAGAUUUAUACCCAUGAACAGAUCUCGAUCCUCCCAAUCGAAUUUCUCAAAUUUUCUUCGAUCUCCAGAGAUCUCGGCGAUUUUCAUUUUCUUUCUUCUUUUUCCUUUCUGGGUAGUACUAAUUUGAUCUCGAAUCGAAUCGGUUAAAUCGAAAGUAUCUAGCUCUUCCCCUUCCAAUAGCCGUUUCAAUUUCUUAAAUUUUCCUUGAAAAGAAAGUGAUUUCUUUUAUAAAAUCUGGUCAGAAUCGGGGUUGGUUCUGUAAGAAAUUCGUGUUUUUUUACAGAGAUUAGUGGGUAUAGAUCGAAGAAGAGGUUUAAAACAAAGCCAAUUUCUGAGUUCAGUCAAGCCAGUUGUGGCAUCUCCAGUUAGAGUAAGAAACGGAGUCGUAUGAGCACGGCAUAGAUGCCGUCGGUGGGAAUGAGACGAACCACUAGGGUUUUCGGGGUGGUUAAAGCCGCAGACGGAGCCCGUGUCCUCCGUUCGGGUCGCCGGAUCUGGCCUAACGUUGGCGAGCCAAAGGUACGGCGAGCUCAUGACGUGGUGGAUCGAGAUUGUGAUAGCGUUUUGAAGAAUCAGAACAAAUCCAAAGGCAAUAAAGUCUCCUCCGGUAAAAGUAACAGCCAGCCUUGUAGCCCGAAACAAGUUUCUAGUGAGAAAGAAGACAAAGUAGAUGACUUUCCGGUCACAAAACGGAGGAAAGUGAGAAAUGAAGGUGUAGGGGAUGAAAAGACUGUGGAUAAGAUGUUUGGGAUUGUAUAUAGUAGGAAAAGGAAGAGACUUUGUGAACCAUCAUCAAGUGAUAGAUCAGAAGAGCCACUACGAAGCCUGAAGUUUUAUCGCAGGCGAAGAAAACUCUCACAACGGGUUUCUUCAGUGCUUACUCUUACAGUAGAUUGGUCAUGUGAGGAUUGCUGGUUUUUAACUGUUUUCGGUUUGGCAAUGAGAUAUAUAAGGAGGGAAGAACUCAGGCUGUCUUCACUUGCGUCUUUCUUCUUGUCUCAACCUAUCAACCAAGUGUUUGCAGACCAUGGCGUGCGAUUCCUUGUGAGGUCUCCCCUUAGCUCAAGGGGUGUCUGCAAGUUUUUUGGGGCCAUGAGUUGUCUACCUCUCUUUUCAGCAGAUUUUGCUGUCAUUCCUCGAUGGUUCAUGGAUAUGCAUUUCACUCUAUUUGUAAGAGUUCUACCACGCUCCUUCUUUUUCGUAGAGAAAUCUCUGUAUUUGCUAAACAAUCCGAUUGAAGAAUCAGAUUCCGAGUCUGAAUUAGCUUUACCUGAACCUUGUACUCCGAGGAAUGGAGUUGUAGUUGGGUUACAUCCAUCAGUGAGAGCCUCGAAGUUAACGGGAGGAAAUGCUCAGUAUAGAGGCAAUUUAGGUUCUCACAGUUUCCAAAAGAGGAGAAGCUCUUUGAGAAGGAGAAGAGCAAGAAAUCUUUCUCAUAAUGCACACAAGUUGAACAAUGGAACACCUGUUUUUGAUAUAUCGGGAAGUAGGAAAAACAGGACAGCAGCAGUAUCAUCGAAAAAGCUUAGAAGUUCGGUGCUAAGUAACUCAUCUCCGGUUUCAAAUGGGAUAAGUAUCAUUCCAAUGACGAAGACAAAAGAGGAACUUGAUUCUAUAUGUUGUUCUGCGAAUAUAUUGAUGAUACAUUCAGACAGAUGCACCAGAGAAGAAGGAUUUAGUGUCAUGUUGGAGGCUUCGUCUUCGAAGGAGUGGUUCCUUGUUAUUAAGAAAGAUGGGGCAAUCAGAUACAGCCACAUGGCACAAAGGACUAUGAGACCUUUCUCUAGCAACCGGAUUACACAUGCCACAGUAUGGAUGGGAGGUGAUAAUUGGAAGCUUGAGUUUUGUGACAGACAAGAUUGGCUUGGUUUUAAAGAUAUAUAUAAAGAAUGCUAUGAACGGAAUCUAUUGGAACAGAGUGUGAAAGUCAUUCCUAUUCCUGGGGUCAGAGAAGUGUGUGGAUAUGCAGAGUAUAUCGAUAAUUUCCCCUCCUUUUCUAGGCCACCAGUUUCAUAUAUAUCUGUGAACGAAGAUGAGGUUUCAAGGGCCAUGGCUCGAAGUAUUGCUCUUUAUGACAUGGAUUCUGAAGAUGAAGAGUGGCUCGAAAGGCAGAACCAGAAAAUGCUCAAUGAAGAGGAUGACCAAUAUCUACAACUUCAGCGGGAAGCUUUUGAGUUGAUGAUUGAUGGGUUUGAAAAGUAUCAUUUCCAUAGCCCUGCCGAUGAUCUCUUGGAUGAAAAAGCAGCCACUAUAGGUAGUAUUUCAUAUCUGGGUAGGCAAGAGGUGGUUGAGGCGGUACAUGAUUACUGGUUGAAAAAAAGGAAGCAGCGAAAAGCACCACUCCUCAGAAUUUUCCAGGGUCAUCAAGUGAAGAAAACGCAGCUACUUUCCAAACCUGUGUUUCGUAAAAGAAGGUCCUUCAAAAGACAGGGGAGUCAACUCCAUGGAAAAGCCAAACAGACAAGCCCUUGGAUGGUGGCUGUAAAGGCGGCAGAACCAGAGGAAGAAGACGAUAUUCUCAGAAUGGAAGAAGCCAAAGUUUUGGCUGAUAAAACCAUGGAAACUGCCAUAGCCAAAAGAAGACGAGCACAAAUUCUUGCAGAAAACGCAGAUCUUGCUGUUUACAAAGCAAUGAGGGCUCUCAGGAUUGCAGAAGCCAUUAAGGAAGCCGAAUCGAGGGAGGUGGACACAACCGUUGUCUAGAACUGAAAUGGUAAAGAUAGAAAAUGUUACUGAAGUUGGGAUCUUUUUGGCCAUUUUUCAAGGAGGAUUUGAAAGAGGUAUAGUCUCUGUAGCUUUGGGUUUUAUAUGUAUAGUUUCUACGCUGAUAUUGUAAAUUGAUUUAGAUUUUUGUUUUUUGUUAGGUUUUUGUUUUGUUUUUUGUUCAUACUACCGUAAGAUGAUGCUCCAUCCUUACUUUUUUCGUUUUUCUUCCGACCAAUAUAAUUUUGAAGAAAUGUGAAAAAAAGAAAGUUAAAGGAGAUAUAUGGAAAUGUGCUAUGGACUGUGGUAGUUUUGGUCAUGUGUAUUGUGUAGAUUUGGGUACUUUAAUGUUUAUAAGCAAACACACCUUACAAUAAUCUCAAUAUUCUUAACAAAAAAACAAUAAAAGACUAAAUCCUUGGUUUGACCAUAGCUCUCAACGGAUUCUUCAUCACCACCGUAAACUCCAAUUUUCCGGCGAAAUCAAUCUCACUUCCUGGUGGAUGAGCACACCACUCGAACUCCUGAACCAUCCGCGCAAGCAUCAAAUGGACGUGUAUGGUUGCCAUUGCAAGUCCUGGACAGAUCCUACGGCCCACACCAAACGGAAUCAUUUUUACUCCACUAAUCCCGGUUAUGUCAGCAUCUUCCUUACCCAACAUAAACCGGUCCGGAUCAAACUUUUUCGGGUUAUUCCAAAUUCUCGGAUCCUCACUAAUACCCGGAAGAUAAACCUCGACGUUAACGCCGGCGGGAAUAUCGUAACCAGCAAGCGUCGUCGUCUCCAUAACGGCAUGCGUCAGAGAAAAAUAAGUCGGCGGAUGUUUCCGGAGAAGCUCCUUAACAAAAGCUUGUAAAAAGACCAUUUUGUCCACAUCUUUCUCAUCGACCCUACGAUCAUCUCCCACCGUUGAUUUAAUCUCAUCGUAGAGCCGAGAUUGAAUCUCAGGAUUCGCAAUCAGCUGCGCUAUCCCCCACUCGAUCGCCGUCCCCGUCGUAUCCGUACCACCGUUAAGAAACUCAGAGCAGAGCGUCACGAGCUCUUCGUUAGACGGCGUCGUUUUACGACCUUCGAUUUUUAAAUCAAAGAGUGUAUCUAAGUAUGAAAAAGACGACGCCGUUUUAUCAGAUCCUGGAUUCUGAAUCGCUCUCCGUCGUCUCUCGAUAACUCCGACGACGUAAUCGACUUGUUCACGGCGAACUUCGAGAGCUCGUUUCCUCUCUUUAGAGAAGAACGGAGCAAGAAUCGGAAGAUAAUCGUCGAUUCGUGGAUCAACAGUCAUUAACACCGUCUUCAAAAUCUCAUCCAUCUUCUCGAUUGUCUCUUCAUCCAUCUCGAUUCCGAAACACAUUUCCAAGAGAAUACAAAACGCAGCGAAUCUUGCGUUUUUAAGAACCCAGAUUAGCCCGUCGUUGUCUCUAGCUUCCGAUUUGAUCCUCUCGAUGAGUUUAUCCAUGGCGGAUUGUCUCAGUUUCCCGAAUUCCUUGAGACGUGUUGAGCUAAGCAUGUUCUGAACCAUGUUUCUUCUCAGAGAUCGCCACACUGGACCGUAUUUAGCGGCGUUGACGGUGAAUUUGUUGCAGCUGAAGAUUGUUCGGGUCGGAUUCUCGGCGGGUCGUGAAGCGAAGAGAGCUCCGCGUUGGAUCAAAGCUUCGUGGACUAGAGUUGCGUCGGAGAGGAUGAUCAUUGUUCGAGUCCCCAUUCUCAGUGUAAAAAUCGGGCCAUACGUUUUCUUGAGAUCCUCUGCGUAUUCGAAAAACGGUUUACCUGAGCGCGCGAACUGGAAUAAGUUUCCGACCACCGGCCAACCUGGCGGACCUGGAGGAAGGUUUAAACGUUUCUUUGAAUUGGAAUUCCAUCGAGUGAUGAUGAAAACGAAACCUGAGAUGAUAAUGGCGAAGAAGGUGAAAUCAAGAGAAGUUGGAGAAAAGGAGAUUAGAGGAAACAUUUUAGCUCUGUUUAUUUCUUGUUGACUCAAGCAGAGAAGAAGAAGACGAAGAUUAUAUAAGAACAGAGUAGUGCAUGCAAAAUUUUAUGUAAAUAUUUGAAAUUAAAAGUAACUUUUUUUUUUUGGAGUUUGAUACUAUGGACUGGUUUACAAGGCAUAUUAAUUGGGUUCAAAGA